UUAACCAUUAAUACAUAUAUAUAAGCGAUACGAUCGUUGGAUCCGUUGAAUAAAAAAUAAAAAUUUGAAUCUCAUUCUUGUCGCCAAAAGGAGGAGUUGUUGUUGUCUUACAAUUGCGGAUCCGAUUAAGUGAUUGGAUUAACAUUGGGUGAAGAGAUGUCGCGCACGAAUCUGAAGCAACAGUUGAUGAAACAGCAGCUCAUCCAACAAGAGCUGCGGGAAAAG